UUCUGGAAAAGCGAUACAGCCGACUGAGUUUCCGUUGCGAGUUGAGAGUCCUUACAUUCGGUCUUUCUUGACGAGACGCCACGCUGUACGGACGGUGUCUGUAAUAAUUGUACACAUUUUCUUCGCAUCAGUCAUUUAUUUCUUUGAACAUAAUGGCCGCCAAAACUCCAGCUGUGGGUAUCGAUUUGGGUACUACCUACUCGUGCGUCGGUGUAUUUCAGCAUGGUAAAGUUGAAAUCAUCGCCAACGAUCAGGGUAAUCGCACUACACCAUCCUAUGUCGCCUUUACCGAUACCGAACGUCUCAUCGGUGAUGCCGCUAAAAACCAGGUUGCUAUGAACCCAACCAACACAGUUUUCGAUGCCAAACGGUUGAUCGGGCGUCGGUUUGAAGAUACGGUUGUUCAAGCUGACAUGAAGCAUUGGCCAUUUGAAGUAGUCAGUGAUGGAGGAAAACCCAAAAUUCAAGUUGAUUACAAGAAUGAAACAAAAACCUUCUUCCCUGAAGAGAUUUCUUCCAUGGUGUUGCUCAAGAUGAAGGAGACUGCUGAAGCCUACUUGGGCAAAACUGUUAGCAAUGCUGUUGUUACUGUCCCUGCCUACUUCAAUGAUUCCCAACGACAAGCCACUAAAGAUGCAGGAACAAUUGCUGGCCUAAAUGUUCUUCGUAUCAUUAAUGAGCCUACUGCUGCUGCCAUUGCCUAUGGAUUAGAUAAAAAGGUUGGCGGAGAGCGUAACGUGCUCAUCUUUGACCUCGGUGGUGGAACUUUUGAUGUCUCUAUCCUAACUAUCGAGGAUGGCAUCUUUGAAGUCAAGUCAACUGCUGGAGAUACCCAUUUGGGAGGAGAGGAUUUCGACAACCGCAUGGUGAACCACUUUGUUCAAGAGUUUAAACGUAAAUACAAGAAGGACAUGGCUACCAACAAGCGUGCUCUUCGUCGCCUCCGUACUGCCUGCGAACGUGCCAAGCGUACUCUAUCCUCAUCUGCUCAAGCUAGCAUUGAAAUUGAUUCUCUCUUCGAGGGUAUCGAUUUCUACACGAGUAUCACGAGAGCUCGCUUCGAAGAAUUGAAUGCCGAUCUUUUCCGAUCCACCAUGGAGCCCGUUGAAAAGGCUAUCCGUGACGCUAAAAUGGACAAGGCUCAGAUUCAAGAUAUUGUACUUGUCGGUGGUUCAACUCGUAUUCCGAAAGUUCAAAAACUGUUGCAAGACUUUUUCAAUGGAAAGGAAUUGAACAAGUCAAUCAACCCCGAUGAGGCUGUUGCUUAUGGCGCUGCUGUUCAAGCUGCAAUCCUUCAAGGUGACAAAUCGGAAGCUGUUCAAGAUCUACUUCUGCUGGAUGUCGCCCCUCUAUCCUUGGGCAUUGAAACAGCUGGAGGUGUUAUGACUGCACUCAUCAAGCGCAAUACCACUAUUCCAACCAAACAAACCCAAACUUUCACUACUUACUCUGACAACCAACCGGGAGUAUUGAUUCAAGUGUACGAAGGAGAGCGUGCUAUGACGAAGGAUAACAACCUUUUGGGGAAAUUCGAACUCACCGGUAUUCCGCCUGCCCCGCGUGGCGUUCCGCAAAUUGAAGUUACCUUCGAUAUUGACGCCAACGGUAUUUUGAAUGUGUCUGCUGCCGACAAGUCGACUGGUCGCGAGAACAAAAUUACCAUUACCAAUGACAAGGGUCGAUUGUCCAAGGAAGAAAUCGAAAAAAUGGUGUCGGAUGCCGAGCGUUAUCGUUCUGAAGAUGAAAAGCAGCGCGAACGCGUGUCUGGCAAGAACGCGUUGGAGUCCUAUUGCUUUAACAUGAAGUCUACUGUUGAGGAUGAAAAGUUCAAGGACAAACUAUCUGAUGCUGAUAAAACAACAAUCAUGGACAAAUGCAACGAGAUCAUUAAAUGGUUGGACGCAAACCAGCUGGCUGAUAAAGAAGAGUUUGAGCAUAAGCAGAAGGAAAUUGAAAGAGUGUGCAACCCCAUCGUCACCAAGUUGUACCAAGGAGCUGGUGGUGCUCCUCCUGGUUUCCCUGGUGGUGCCGGCGCUGGCCCAGGUCCUGCCCCUGGUGCGGGAUCAGGCCCAACCAUCGAAGAGGUCGAUUAAAACAUUCCAAUUUCACUGCCCGCGAAUUCUAUACCCAAAUUUCACGUCAUCUGAUCGUAAAUUCAAGUAACGUAUUCAUAGUCAUCACCGAAUACAAGGAAUCCAUUCUA